CCUCUUGUGACUGCUGCAGGCUCCUCCUGCAAUCUGCAAAAGGAAACUUCCCUGCAAUAGGCUUGGCUCUUCCUCUCUGAUCCCAAGUCCACUUGCCUCAAACCAAGACUCCCCAGAAAGGAAACUUGGCUCCAACCCUUCCCCCCAUCUAUCCAAACUGCAUAGCAGUGCAGUGCCCACAGCUGCUAUUUUUCCUGAGCUGCAGCUUCAGGUUGUUGCUGCCCUACUCCUGGCUACUAUUUCAGUCUCUUUGCUGCUUUCUCCCCUCUCGCAAGGGCCUGCACAUAACAAGUUCCACAGAUCUUCUGAGAGAGCGCUGGAUGCUAAUGCUAACUUCACCGCCAUGCAUCCCAGGCUGGUGAUGUAACUGCACAAGAGAACUUUGGGCAAAAUUCACCAUGGGCGCAAACACCUCCAGCAAGCCACCGGUCUUCGAUGAAAAUGAAGAGGUGACCUUUGACCACUUUGAAAUUUUGCGAGCCAUUGGGAAAGGCAGCUUUGGAAAGGUCUGCAUUGUACAGAAGAAUGACACCAAGAAAAUGUACGCCAUGAAAUACAUGAACAAACAGAAGUGUGUGGAGCGUAAUGAAGUGAGAAAUGUGUUCAAAGAGCUGCAGAUUAUGCAGGGCCUGGAACACCCCUUCCUGGUUAAUUUGUGGUACUCAUUCCAAGAUGAGGAGGACAUGUUCAUGGUGGUGGAUCUACUUCUUGGAGGAGAUCUGCGUUAUCAUCUACAGCAAAAUGUUCGAUUUCAAGAAGGCACUGUGAAACUCUUCAUCUGUGAGCUGGCAUUGGCACUGGACUAUCUCCAGAGCAGACGCAUCAUCCACAGGGACAUGAAGCCAGACAACAUUUUACUGGAUGAGCACGGACAUGUGCACAUCACAGAUUUCAACAUUGCCACGAUACUGACUAAAGGGAUGCAGGUCACCACGAUCGCAGGCACAAAGCCAUAUAUGGCGCCUGAGAUGUUUAACUCAACAAAACCUACAGGCUAUUCCUUUGCUGUUGACUGGUGGUCUUUAGGAAUUACUGCCUAUGAGCUACUUAGAGGCCGGAGGCCCUAUCACAUUCGCUCCAACAUAUCGCCAAACGAAAUUGCUCACGUGUUCAGGACAGCUACUGUAAUGUAUCCCGCUGCUUGGUCUAAAGAAAUGGUAUCGCUACUCAAAAAGUUGCUUGAGCCAAAUCCCGAGGAACGUUUUGCUCAGCUGAAAGAUAUCCAGGACUUUCCGUAUCUGGCUGAUAUUAACUGGGAUGCAGUCCUACAGAAGAGGAUAAUGCCAGGAUUCAUUCCCACUAAAGGGAGACUAAAUUGUGACCCAACCUUCGAACUUGAAGAAAUGAUCCUGGAGUCCAAACCUCUUCAUAAGAAAAAGAAGCGCUUAGCUAAGAAGGAGAAAGAUACCAACAAAAGCUAUUCCUCACAGGGCUGCCGUCUUCAGAAGCACCUGGAGUCAUUGCAAAGGGAUUUCAUUGUUUUCAACAGAGAAAAGGGACAGGCUGAGGAGGAGAGAACCAGUAAUUCAAUAAAAGAAAACCAAAUACCCAAAAGUGUGUGCCAGCUUCAUAAACCCCAGAGUGGAGACUGCCUCAGAACCCUCAGAACCCCUCAUCAUCUGCUCCAGAGCUGAAUCUAGAGCCUAGAUGAGGAGACACCACAAUGAAAUCCAAGAGAAUAUAACACUGGCACAAACCAAAGACCCAGAAGAAGAAGACAGCCAGAACAACAACCUUUGAGCUCACUUAGCCUCUGCCCUGGUGUGUUCCCCAAGGGUUCGUUGCACACCUACACGUUCAUGGAGCUCGGUGAACAGAAUUAUCCACUGAUAAAAAGACAACGCACAUACCCCAGCACAGGGCAUCUAAGCCAUAAAUUUGUGCACCUUUCUUUUCCUCCUUACACCUUAAGUCAGGUGGAUACAGGGGGCCAGGGAGAGGUUUUUAGUACUGCCCCUGCAAAUAACCUGCCAAAAUAAACAAGAGUCAGAUCCUCCUCUGCCAGAGAUGGUUGCAGGAAUUUGACCAAAAGAUGUGGUCUCUUUUUCAGAAGAGACCCUGAGUGCAGGAAGGAGGAGCUUAUCCUUGUGGGGCAGGAUGCCUGCUGGCACAACAUUUGGGUAUUGAGUGCCUAGUGUAAAUCUGGGCUAGGGAUCAGUUGAUUGCCAGUGGAAAGCAACAGAAGGGUAUUUAAUGCAUAAUUAGGUCUGUCACAUAGAAUCAAUAUUAGAGAUGAGCCGGCAGCAGAAUCACAGAACUAAACUCUUUGGAAGUUUGGAUUUUGACAUAAGCCUCAUAGCUUAGACUCAUCUCUAAUUGUUAGAGGCAGAAGGGGCUGCUCUCAGCUGCAGGGCAGAAGACAGGAUCUUUGCUUCCAGCAGGGUCUCUUUCUAAUAUUUCUUUAGUCUGUGGUAGGGAAAUGAUCUAGUUCCUCAAUAUGGGGAAAAGGCAAUAAUGGUUUAUGAUGUUUGUUUUGCUGUCUCUGAGUGAUGAAAUUCCCUAGCUUCCCUGACCUUAUGCUGUUGGGCAGGGCUGGCUCAGCAAUGGCUAAGAACAUGUGAACAAUGGUGACUGGUAGGAAAACCUACUCUUUUGGGUCAGAAGAGGUACUAGCUCUGUAUUGCUGGAUAACACGCUAGGGUGGCUGCUUCACUAGCACAUACUACAGACUAAGUUCACCACUGGCAUAAGCAGAUGAAACUCCAUUGAGUCCAAUGGGGUUGUGGCCCCUUACACCAGAGGUAAAUUUGGUUAUGCAUCUUUAAGUGUGAUAGAACGUCAACUUUGUAGUCUCAAUUUCCCUUUCACUAAGGUGUUAGACAUGAACAUUAUGGACCAAAUUCAGCCCUGGUCUAAGCAGCCACAAUGCCCAGUGGUAACUGCACCAACUUACACCAAGGCUGAAAUUGGCCAAAGCACCUGGUUUAUAGUAAUGCUGUGAAUGAUGCUAUCUUUGUAAAGCAUUAGGACCCUGAGUUCUCACCUUCUUCUUUUGCUUCUGUCUUACUCUCACUAUGUUAAACUGUCUCCCAUCUGCCCAAAGCUGUUCUUUGUAUCCCCCUGCGACUUCCUUUCUCUCCCUGUCUGAAUAAAAACAAAGUAUGAGACUCCUUCCCAAUCAAAAGCCAGUGUUGUUUCUGAGGUCACUUGUAUUUCAAGCCAAAGUGAGUUUCCACUGUUCUGAGCCAAUUCGGAAUCUCCUUGACUUUUAUUUUAAAUGUGCUUUUCUCCUUCACGAAGCUGUUUUAAAAAUUCUUCCGAGAACAGCAUCUGCACACUGCAACCUGGAAGCAGGCCUUGGUUUCAUUCGCUGAUACAUUCAGAAAACUCGGGAAAAGAGCCAUCCUUGCUUUACACGUUUAGACCACCUGGGGCAGGAUGGAUGCCUUCUUACAGAUGCAAACAAUUUAUUAGUAUUAUGAGUAAGCCAUAUUCUGUUGAUUAAACAGUGGCUAUGUUGUUUGGUUUUGGAGGAUGCAGUUUAUCCUUAUGCACUAGCAAGCAGCUGUCCCAAGGAGUGCUCAGAGGCCUCUCUCCAGGCCCUGUGAGCAUGCUUGAAGCUGAGUUGACAUAGCUGUCAACAGAGUGAGCAAACAGAAAAUAAAGCCCUUGUCUCAGUCCUGCUGACUCAGUCCUGUGUGGAGCCCGGGGUCUCAGCACCAGGAGUGGCUGAUCCACUAUUCCUUUUUUAAAAACGUUAGUCUCUUGAAAUAAAAUAGUCCCAGAUAGGUGGCAGUGAUUCAGCUCUGCUUUGCUUUGAGGAUCAGCAAAGGAGUAGAAGCCAGUAGCUCACUCAGGCUGCAGCAUGGCUCUGUGAAUAGACUACUUUGUCGGAUACCUUUCACGCUCAGCUCUCCUGUAGCAGCAACCGGCUGAGGGGGCUGCUGGGCCCGAGGGAGAGUGAUCUGUGUAUGCAGCACUAGAAGGAGCAGCAGUUAUGGCACCAGUGCACAAUCCCUUUCUGAGGUUGGACCCCCAAACCCAAACUCCAGAUCUGAACUGUGGGUGUGCUUGGCAUCUGAAUGGAGCGCCGUAGCCUGAAGUUAGUCCCCAUCUUUGUAACAGGGGAACUUUAGGGGGAGGAAUGAAACACUGAUCUGAAUGCUGAGGCUUGAGCACAUCACUGCUUUUAGCAAACACUAGAUUUAUGAAAUAGGAGGAAAUAAAGCAAACUCAAAAAUACCUCACUGUGAGGAUGGGGCCAUUCCCACUAGAUCCUUCCGAUAUGAGAUUCUAAGAGAAGCCCAACCCCACU